AUGAGUGUUUCCGCAUGCGCAAAUGACGACGCCUUUGGGCCGGCCGUCAAGGGCUGUAGAGGCAAUUUCGAUUUUACCAUCGCCUUUGAGAAGAGCAUCCUGUCCAUCCUGCCCAAUGCCUGCUUCGUGAUACUUGCGGCGCUCCGCCUAGCCAGCCUGUCGCGACAACCACACACAACAGCAAACAGCCUACUCCGCAACGCCAAGGUGCACCCCGAAACUGCUGCCCACGCCCUCUCGCUAGGGGCAGCCGUCAUCACCUUGCUUGCUUCCAUCCUUGCCAUUGGGCUGUCCUACCUCGAACAUUCUCGGUCCUUGAAGCCCUCCAUCCUUUUGGAGUCAUAUCUCCUUUCUACACUGCUCUUUGACAUUGUACAAGUCCGUACAAUCUGGCUCUCGCACCAGAAAACUCUCGCCGUCGUCUUCACCGUCGCCCUCGCCAUCAAAGCCAUCAACUUUUGCCUAGAGGCCACCCCGAAGUCGCAAUUGAAGGACAAUCAGAAAAACAAACACAGUCCAGAAAUCACAAGCGGGAUUUUCAGCAUCGGCGUCUUCUUAUGGCUCAAUUCACUCCUCUUCUGUGGAUACCGCGGAACAAUCGCUACAGACGACUUGUAUCCCCUCGAUGCAAGCAUGAAAGCAAGGCGACUUCAUAACAAGCUCACAUCCACACGUCAUCCAGAAGCUGCGACUGAUCAACAGACCCUGGAAUUGAUACCUCUCAAGAACCUAUGCUGGGCAUUGCUUGGCCCCUUUUUGUAUCCGAUUCCAGCCCGUUUGCUUCUCCUCGCAUUGAAGCUCUGCCAGCCAUUCUUUAUUGACAGCAUGCUGGAGUUUUUGGGGACUCCAGAGGAAUUCCGCGACAAAAACCAUGGAUACGGCCUCAUUGCAGCUUCUAUACUCAUCUAUGCGGGUAUCGCCAUCUCCUCAGGAGUGUACCAGUACUACAACCAAAGAUUUGUCUACAUGCUUCGUUCCACUCUCCACACGGCCAUUUUCCGGAAAACUACCGAGAUUAGCCUGGCGGCUGGCAAAGCAGAUACAGCCAUCACCCUCAUGAGCACAGACCUUGACCGUGUCGUGGCUGGUUUCCGAGUCAUCCAUGAAAUGUGGGCAAUUACUUCACAGGUGGCCAUUGGUUGCUUCCUUCUGCAGCGUCAAGUUGGAGUUUCAUUCGUCUCUCCCAUUGCCGUCAUCACCGUCUGCUGUGUAUUGACGACGGCACUGGGCAAGCCCAUUGAUAAGCGUCUGGGGGCCUGGAUGGGACAGAUCGAGAAGCGUGUUAGCGCAACCGCCACAACAGUUGCAAAGAUGAAGUCGUACAAGAUUUCAGGCCUUGCGGAGGUCAUGGGCUCCAUUAUUCAGAACCUUCGAGAAACGGAGAUCCGGAUUGGUCUACGAUUUCGUUGGCUCAUCAUCUGCACCAUUGCCCUUGGCGCUGUGCCGUCAGCACUCUCGCCACUCAUCACUUUUGCUGUCACUACUAGCUCCAGGUUGAAUGUGUCAACUAUCUUCACAUCCUACUCAUACAUUGUUCUCAUCACGCUACCAUUUACAAUCAUUUUUAACAAUUUUCCGAUUGUAAUUGCUGCAUUUACCUGUAUUGGUCGUAUUCGAAGCUUUCUCGUUUCAGAUCCAAGGGUUGAUUUUCGUUUAUGGGUAUCUGAAACUGGCAUACAUGGGAGUGCAGACCGCUCCCUAGAAGAAAAGGAAAGCGGCCUGGCUUUCAAGAUUGAAGAUGGAACUUUUGGAUGGGCACCCAAUAAAUCAGUUUUGACCAACAUGAACUGCGAAAUUCCGCUGAAAGCUUUGACUAUUGUCAUUGGUCCCAUUGCUUCGGGCAAGUCGACGCUAUGCAAGGUUCUGCUCGGCGAGAUUCCCGUUCAUUUUGGAAAGGUCUCUGUUUUUCUGCCCCGUGGUAGCAGCAUCGGCUACUGCCAGCAAGAGCCUUUUCUCUACAACGAUACCCUCAAAAACAACAUCGUCGGUCACUCCAUAUUUAGCCAGAAGAAGUUUGACGAAAUCAUUGCGGCAACACUCCUUGACGUUGACAUCCGCUCUCUCGAGCGUGGUAGCGAUACCAUGAUGGGAAGCAGUGGCUCUACUUCGAGUGGAGGUCAGAAGCAGCGUGUGGCCAUAGCUAGAGCGCUCUACUCUGACGCCAAGACCCUCAUCUUAGAUGAUGUAAUGAGCGGACUCGAUGCAAGCACGGCUUCGACUCUGUUCCAGCGCGUCUUUGGACCCGAUGGUUUCGUUAAAAGAAACGGCAUUACUGCUGUGCUCUGCACCCACUCUGUCGGUCAUCUGCCAGCGGCAGAUCAUGUUAUUGUCCUUGGAACCGAUGGCACCAAGGCUGAACAAGGUCGUUUCGAGCAGCUGGUUGAAACCAACGAGUACGUUCAAAAGCUUGACAUCAAAGCAAUAGUCACUGAGGUCCAGGAAUCCAUUCCAGAGCCAAAGCUGCGGGAAGAUUCCGUCGCCGAGUCACCAAGCUCAGAAAAAGGAUCACCAGACACCUCAACUCGCGGAUCAGGCGACUGGGCUGUGUACAAACACUGGUUCAAAAGUGUGCGUCCGUUUUCAACCGUCUCUUUGGCUAUCUGGGCCGUUAUCCAUGGAUUUAGUUCCAAUUUUGGUGUCAUCUGGUUGAAUUACUGGUCUCAAGAUUCUUUUGGUCGUGAUCGAGGUUUCUAUAUUGGAAUCUAUGCAUUGCUCCAGUCCAUGUUUCUUGUCUCGUGGAUUCUCAGUGCCAUUGAGAUCUUCAUCUCCAUGACUACCUGGGCUGGAGCCGCAUUGCACAAGGGAGCCUUGGAUACUGUUGUUACCGCUCCUUUGAGGUACCUCACAACUACGGAUGUUGGUGUCAUUACCAAUCAUUUCUCCCAAGAUCUCACUUUGAUCGAUGGUGAGCUGCUAUUUGCUUUCUUCUCUGUCGCCCUCACCUUGACAGAGAGUUUUGGGAUGAUGAUUGUCAUUGCAACAGCCGCCCCAUAUCUCGCCAUUGGAUUUCCCUUUUUGUUUGCGGCACUAUACAUCGUACAACGUUUCUACCUCAAGACAUCGAGGCAAAUGCGACUUCUCGAUCUAGAAGCUAAAAGUCCUCUGUACACUCAUUUCCUCGAUACCACAAAGGGAAUUGCCACUGUCCGUGCCUUUGGGUGGACAACAUAUGACAUUGACCACAACGACAAUCUACUGGACAGUGCUCAACGACCCGCUUACUUGCUAGCCAUGAUUCAGCAAUGGCUUCGUGUGGUCAUGCAACUUGUUGUGGCUGGGUUGGCACUUCUGCUCGUCUCAUUGGCGACACAGCUUGGCUCCAAUGUGGGCUUGGCGGGAACGAGCCUGGUUAGUCUGCUAUCAUUUGGCUCUUCACUUUCCGAGCUUGUGCAAAACUACACAGACCUGGAAACCUGUAUCGGGGCAGUGAGCCGUUUGAAGACGUUCUCGGCCUCGGUGACCCCUGAAGACAGGGCAACCGAUGACCUCGAGCCACCUGAAUCCUGGCCAACUAGUGGAGCCGUUGAGUUGACGCACGUAUCUGCUUCGUAUUCUUCAGACGACGCGAUGGAUCUCGCUUCGUCUGAGUCAUCUCAGCGCACUGUGGACUUGGUCCUGCACGACUUGAGCCUGAGCAUUCCGCCAAGACAAAAGAUUGCCGUAUGUGGCCGUACAGGAAGUGGUAAAUCCACUCUAAUGCUUCUGCUCCUCCGUCUCAUCGACCCACUGAACAAUACGUCGGAGACAAUAAUGAUCGACCAAGUGCCGCUCUGCCAAGUCAAACGCGGUACUCUUCGACAGAGAGUCAUAGCUUUAUCCCAGGAAGCCAUUUUCUUACCUGAUGGAAACACAAUCAAGCUGAACAUUGACCCGCGCUCUGAAGCCAGCGAGGCCGCAUGCUUGUCUGUCCUUGAGGUGGUUGGUCUUGCCAAGUUUGUCAGCGACCGAGGAGGGCUGGAGGCUUGCAUGAAGGCUGACGACCUUAGCAUGGGUGAGAGGCAAUUGUUUUGUCUUGGGCGCGCAGUGUUACGGAAAAGGAUCAAAGAUGAAAAGUCUGGGCAAGAAAAGGCUGGGGGCGUGCUGCUGUUGGAUGAGGUCAGCAGUAGCGUCGAUCACGCCACAGACCGGCGCCUGCAAGAGAUUGUCAAGGCCGAGUUUGAAAACUACACGGUCAUUGCGGUGUCACAUCGCCUGCAAACAGUUGUGGACUACUCUGAUCGUGUCAUUGUCCUUGACGCGGGUAGGCUGGUUGAGUCAGGCAUUCCGCAGGGGUUGAUUGCGACUCCAGGAUCGUAUUUCGGAGAAUUAUGGAAGGACGACGGCGUCAAAGCAUCCGGAGACAACACUGAGACGAACUCGAUCACAGAAAUGGUGGAAUAA